CAUACAUAUUUCCUGUGACAUCAAUCUCUAAUUAUUAUAUUUAUAAAAUAAGUACACUAAAAGAUAUAUUAAUUCCCUGCACAUAAAUGCAAAAAAAGUGAAAGUGCUGUUUACAAACACAAAAUAAACUAUUAUAGUGCAAGUUUGAUCUUUCUGCUAAACGAAUAUUUAAAUCAUUUGACAAAUACCAUGUAAAAAAAUGGAUUCAAAAAGAUUAAAAGAAUUGGAAAACAAUAUUCUUCGACGGGAAGAUUCCGACAACAAGGCUCAGCACUCCAUCGACAACAAAGAUAACCGCGUUGUCGACCCUAUUCCUCGCAGUCAAAAGGAAGUCACGUCCUCCUCAUCCUCCUCAGUCUAUUCCACAGCAGAGGAAGAUUUCCCCUCCGAAGAUGACAAUGAAUUACAAAAUACUCUGCAACAAGACGACCAGACGCACUCCGACCAAAGCGAUGCGACCCCAACCAAUCGGGUCACGGGGUCUGCAGCAUUAAAAAAAGAGAAAAAUGUCAACAAAGAAGCCCUUCGCAAAACAAAGUCUGCCGGCCCAAGCGUUUCCAUCAUAAAUAAUCAGCGCACCUCUCCCCCUCAACAAUCCUCCCAUCAGAACCGGGCACAGGGGUCAAAUUUACUAUUGACGAUCCCCGGAGCAGAAAUUAAUCAGCUAAACCCAACAACCAGACGUAAUCCCAGCAACAUUACUGCCUCAUCCUCCGCCUCCGUGGAAGGUAUUAAUGACUUUCAGUUCUUGGACCAAUGGUGUCCAACAGACGGUGGGGCCAUUACCGUCAAUGAGCUUCAGAAGGUCUUUGACUGCUUUAAAGCUAAUACGUUACGUAGGAAGGAUUGUGAGCGUCUCAUCGACUGUCUGACUGCAUCUCAAAAUCGAAACGAUUUCCAAUGGGCUUUGCAUCAGCUUGGAGGUUUCAACGUAAUGCUGUUUCUUUAUGCAAGGGUGGUGGAAAUAUGCGACGGUGACGACAUCCAGUCUAAAGGAUUGUCCCUGGCCUUAGGUCAAAUUAAGAAUCACGCGAAGGUCACAGAUGUUGGACCAUCCCCGCAUUACAAUCUCAUCCGCUUCGUCUUAAAUAAUGCAAGAUCUGCCUUCGGGUUUAAAACAUUUAUUGUUCUCGUUCAUCACUGUGUCACUUCCAGUGGGAACAAACUCCUCGACUACGAUCUGCUCGACAAGUGUCUCUUGUCCUCAUGGCGAACCUUGAUUCGUAUCCGGUGCACGGAUGCAGAAGCCCCAACGGGACGACGAACCUUGUUCGAAUGUCUACUCACGGUCAUUCUGGAUUUAUUGCUAGAAAAGAAUAUGCAUCGCACCACCAACAUCGCAACGCUAAAAUCCAAGGAUUUUGUCAACAGAAUUUUAUCAAUUUGUUGCAAUAUGAUUUUUGAAUGUAAACCUGAGGUGGUGCACCCGACCCAGGAAUUUAUCACGCCGGUAGAGAGUACCACUCCCACCCCGUCAACUUCCACUGCUGCUAAAAAAUCCUCUGCAUCUGCACCCAAGGAAGUUCCACUGUCCCCACUAAGUUGCAUCGACGCCUUGAGGAUAUGUGCUCUGGUAAAAUCAAUCUUUAUGGAACUAAUGGCCCCACCAGAUGCGUAUGCUUGUGUCGCCAUCGUAAAAUAUGGCAUGUUCCCCCUCCUCCCCAAAGAAUGUCCUCCACUACCUCGAAAAGAAGAUGCAUUCUUCCUCUAUCAAACCAAAUUACCAAGUUUCGCAACAAUAGCGGAAGAGCAGACUCAGGAUGUGCAACCCUCCUCCUCACUACCUCAAGUGGCAAAAUUUCCCCCAACAGUUUCCAUAUCUAAUCAUGAUCAUGACAAGAAGACCAACGAAAAUAAGGAAACACUGGAUGACGUCGUUUUCAUGAAUGAGGACAUUCCAGAAAUUGUGGGAAAAACUGCCAACCAAAAAGCUUACAAUAAAGGCACAUUUAAACGAUCUCAGUACGACGCGUUUCAAAAUACUUUUCAAGAAUCUCUCGUCGAAGCGUUGAUGUCAGUGUUGCUCAACGCCCUGGCAAUUCUUCCGGAUGGAGCGUUUUUCUCCAUUUUGAGACCGCACGUCAACUCCCAUCUCUUCGUUGCAUAUUGUUCUCAUACAAACGUGACGAUAAAGACAUUAGCUCUCAAGCUCCUCUCGAGCUACUUGUCCAGAGUAAAAAAUCCAUGUGUCACGGCUUUUCUAAAUAAGAACAAGGGCUUUUUCCUGACAAGCUUGUACCUUCACGGGGAACCGGAAAUGGCUCCCGUGGUGAGCAGCAUUUGUCAAGGAUUUGGCCCUGUCUCAUACCCUCUCGCCCUCAGCCUGUUGGAAAACAACACCAUUUUGACCACAAUCUUGACCUGGGUUCAGGAAGAUGAACCUGGAACGAUACCUGCCUUGAUGUCACUGGGAAUUAUCCCAACAAUACUAAACUGCUAUAAAUCAGUGUCUCUCACAUCCACCAUAAGACAACUUAACGCCCUAAUUUCAUACGUUAUCCGGUACAAUAUCCUUAAUUCGAAAGAAGAUCCGUGGAAAGUGUUGUUUUGUCCGGCGUUAGAAUCUGGCCCAAAUGGCAGUCCCCUCUUGGGAAGAUUUUACAGAGAAGCAAUCUCCAUUUUGAAAAACUAUCCGGGAAAGGAUUUACGAAAAAGUGACUACAAUCACAGAGUUUUAUGGCUUAUGGAACGCAGCGCAGCGUCCAGAUUUGGACACAACUUUGAUAAAUGGCUCCUUUCUCUGUUUGCUAGUCAUAUUAUGGAAGUGGAUCAAGGAGACGCGUUGGAGACGGAAAAUUGGAUCGGAUUCGUUAAGAAUAACAAGAAACGGUUAACCUUCCUGAUGGGAGUUUGUCUCUCAAAAAUAUUCGUUCCCCACAAGGUCGACUUUGACACGAAACAACAAGUUUUGAAAGUACUGCUUCAAAAUUGCUCCAACUUGGAAUCCUGGCUGCCAAAAGUUCUGAAAUCUGAUGCCUCAAUGGAGCGAUGUUUCACCGCAUUUCUUCGUCUCUUCUUAUCAGAAGCGACGCAAAAGGAGAGACACAAUUCUGAAAAUUAUGGAAACGGUUCUCCCGACCGUGUAAAUAAUCCAUCAUUCGAGUCAUUGCUUACAGAGAGCAAUAAUUUAUCGCUGAAAUUAAACCCAAACUUACCUCCUCGAAUAGAACAAUUAAGGCAUGACGAUGAAGCACAAUCAGAAGACGUACAAGUCCCAUUAACUGAACUAAAUCAAAGCGAAGAACGAAACCAACCAAGCUCCGAAAGAAACUCGCCUACGAGACGAAAAGAUGCGGAGAAAGCGAUCCGAGAAAAAUUUAUCUCAAUUUUGGUUCACGCAGGAAUAUUAUCGCCCACAAAUAAUUUCUCAACUUUCUCCGCAGAUUUUAGAAAUUUUAAACUUCUACUUGAAACGCCACCAGUUUGUGGGGUAUCGUACCAAGAGUUGAAACAGUGUCUGGCCCUCUUGGAGAAAACGAGGACAAGUAUCACUCCCAGUAUUUCCCCAAUGGCCCCCUCCUCCCCCUCGUCACCAACGCAAAAUAAUGAAUCCGUGAGGGUCAAGAAUUCCAGUGUGAACAAGGGUUACUUCUGCAAUGCCACCUAUUUUGAAAGUAUUUUCGAAGUCACGGCUAAUUUUGCAGUUCAAGUGGUUGAAUCCGUAACGAGAACGAGGACACAAAUGGGGGUGGAGGUUAUCAAAUCCAUUUGCACUCGGGAAGACGAUAUCAUUGCGAGGAGGCGAUGGUUGGCAAUUACGGAGCAACUUGGUCAUCCUAAAGCUCCCUGGCAUUUUGCUGAUCUUUAUCCAAAGUUUUCUUCCCUCGACCAGUCCGAGGGUCCAGGUAGGAUGAGACUUCGUCUUCACAAAGAGCACCUCAAAAUCCCGCAGCGAUUUAUUCUGCCAGACUACAGAAUAUCUGAUGCUGAAACCUGUCAUCCACUGGAUUAUUUACUACUUCAAUCAGACACCAGUUGCGAUGAACUGAUGAAAUUUCCCACAAUCAAGACUGAAAUUCAAUAUAUGCGCUUGUGCAUGCGGAUAAUCCCAGGUGAAGAAAUCCGUGGUGAAGUAAUCCUUAGUACCGACACGCUCUAUUUUAUCCCUGACCUCAACAAGAAUUCUGGAGAGAGAUCUGAAAACCUUGAAGUCUCCUUGACCUACGUGGUCUACAUUCUUCGGCGGAGAUUCGCCCAUGAAAAUAGAGGAGUCGAGAUUUUUGUGGGCAGUCAAAGUUACCUGUUUAUUUUUGCGAGCUUCAAAGAUCGAGAAGAAUUCAUGAGCUUUAUCCAAAUCAAGCAAGCCCUCGCACACCAGAAGAAAAAUGUUAUCAUGAUGGAUUCCUCCCUUAGCACCAUGACGUACCGAUGGACCAAAGGUCUUCUCUCAAACUAUGACUAUUUAAUGUACCUCAACACUGCAUCUGGCAGGACUUAUUGUGACCUCAUGCAGUAUCCCGUCUUCCCAUUUGUCCUUGCCAAAUAUGACACACUGACGCUUGACUUGAAUGCACUACAAUCAUAUCGGGACUUAAGGAGACCCAUGGCUAUCCAAGAUCCCUCAAAGGAGGAACACUUUAUGACCACUUAUAACUAUCUGAAACGUGAAAUGGACUUUCCUCCAUUUUUUUACGGGUCUCACUAUUCAAACUCUGGAAUAGUGCUGCAUUAUCUGAUCCGAUUGCCACCUUAUACUCAACAUUUCUUACAAUACCAAGACGGGAAUUUUGACAUUCCUGAUCGAAGUUUUCACAGCCUUGAAACGACAUGGAGACUUGCUGCUAAAGAAUCCAAUACGGAUUUCAAAGAAGCCAUCCCCGAAUUUUAUUACCUUCCCGAAAUUCUCAAAAACACUCAACACUUUAAUUUCGGAGUGAGACAAAAUGGACAACGCGUUGAUCACGUAGAACUUCCACCCUGGGCGAAAAAGGAUCCCAGGCUCUUCAUUUUAAUUAACAGACAAGCUUUGGAAAGUAAUCACGUGAGAAAAUUAUUGUGCGACUGGAUCGACCUCGUCUUUGGGUAUAAACAAAGUGGAAAACCGGCCGUACAAGCGAUGAAUGUUUUCCAUCCGUCGACCUACGAGGGCUUCGAUAUUGAAGGAGUUAGCGAUGAAUUGUCAAGAAAAGCGAGAAGGGCAAUGGUCGCCCAUUACGGGCAAACUCCCAAACAAUUGUUUUCAUCCAUGCAUCCGAGGUCAAUGUGGUGCUCGGUGGAGAAUUGCGAAAUGGAAGUACUGGACACUGUGAGUGGAAUUAAAUGGGGUUAUUUCCUCGGUUCGCCGACAUGCUCAGAAUUGGAAAUGGUCAAUACGAGGGAAUACUCGGAUGAAAUGUGCCUCUUUGAAACCCAAACUCGAAUACUAUUUUGGCCAAAAGGCACUCUUAUCAUGGGUGAUACCGUCGUUGGAGCGUGGAGUUCACAUGAAAUUCAGAUCAAGUCCAAAGUAAUCCAUUUGUGUAUUGGGGACGAGAUUACAGCGUGCGCAACGACAGAAAAAUGCAUCUGGAUUGGUUAUCAAUCCGGCCGAAUCACAGUUUUGAAAUUGUCUCUCAACCUGGAAAAUAUUAUGGAAACGUUUGAUCUAGUCGGGCACUACAAGCCGAUAAAAUGUAUCGAUUUAAAUUUCGAGUUUAACACAGCGGUAUCCUGUUCGGGAGAAAAUCAUGCCAUAAUUUGGGAUAUGACGAGAGUCGCUUACAUCAACAUAAUUCAGCGUCCUUACAGCAUCGAUUCUGUCAAUGCGUCCAGAUCCACUGGGGACAUUGUGACUGUGAGCUUGUCCACAAACACUGUCACGUUGUCCACAAUUAAUGGCUUCGAGAUCGGCAGAAUACAACCCGAGGAGAAAGUCGAGUCUGCCUGUUUGAGUGGGUUGGACCCUGGGAAAAAUGUAAAUUUAAUCGCUGUGGGUUGCGACUAUGGUCACAUCAAAUUCUACUCAACUUGGGAUCUCAAAUUUAUUAGCGACAUAAAGGUUGUCCCUCUGGCUUCACUCCCAAUUCAGAGAAUCCGCUACUCCAAGGAUGGUCGACGGCUUUACUGUUUGUAUGCGAAUGAAGAAGUUUCAAUCUCGGCAGCUUUACAGUUACCAAAUUCUCCAGGAUAAUUAGUAACCAAUCAGUACAAAUGACUAAUUUUACAAAAACAGUCCAAUGUUUCAAAGUUCCUCCAAACUCGCGAUUGAAAAUGAGUUAUUGAAUGUUUACUGUGAUUUUAUCAAGCUUACGACUAAAAGAUAAUUAAUACGUGACAAAUCAAUGGACGACAAAUGCUAACAAUUUCCACAAAUUACGAAAACAGAAUUUCUUUUUAUUUUUUAAGAUAAUUUAUCAUGUACUCCAAAAACAGAAAUUUGUAUUUAUCUCGUCAGGAGCUGGACUAAAAUUGAUGACGACGUUAUGUAAUAAGGUAUGAAUAUCUGGUGAAUUUUUUAUGAAAAUAAAAAACUAAAUUUAUAUACACGA